AUGGAAUCGUAUACACCCAGCCAUGUUGCCUCGUCAUCAAGAAGGUCAAAGGCCAACCAUCGCCAACAGCAUCAAGUUAAGAAUCCGGGAGCUACCUGGGAACAUAAAGCUCCAGGUGCAGAACAUGAUCAGGGUUCGGAUGUAAAAGACCAUAUUGUGCGCUCGAAUCGAGAUACGAGAGACGAACCAUCCUUUAUAGCCGAAACGUCGUUUGUCAAAGCCCCUCUCAAUUCACGCGUAAUCUCUGGGACUGCGAGGCCCAAAGCGAAGGGAAAGGCGAAACAGGAAUCUGUUGAACAUGUUCCGCUCGAUAUCCAAGAGGCGAUGGUCUUGGAAGAUUUAUUAUACGUGCUCAUGGGAAUCGAGGGGAACUACAUCACUUUUCAUCCAAACUAUUCGUUGGAGACUGACCCGUUGCGUGGAGUACGAUUUGUGGUUUCGCAGCAUCUCGACCCUUCUCUGUGUGAUCUGGUUGAAAGAGUGCUGCCUCUCGGAACGUACUACACCGCUAUAUCAUCUUUCAUUGAACAGCGCAGCCACCUGGACUUUGGUCUUGUGAACCACGCACUCUGCGCAUCGAUACGUGGCAUGCUCAAGGAUUAUCAAACUCUUCUGUCCCAACUCGAGCAUGCUUUCAACACUUUCCCCCAGUUCUCUCUGCAAAGACUUUGGUUUUACGUACAUCCUACCGUUCACACACUAUCACUGAUAUACAGCCUCGUUCUCGAACUUGGUUCUGCAGAUAAUCCCCCCGAAGAGGACUCGUCCUCGGAGAGCGAGAGCAGUUUCGAUGCAGAGGAGGAAGCCAGGAAUGAGGCGCUAGGCAUCGGCAAAUCCAAGCUCAAAGCUGUCUUAGCGGACAGGAACGGUCGUCUGACAGGGGAUAGUGGAAUCAAAGUGAAAGGCGGGGAAGUCCUUGCGAUCAUUUACGAGAGGAAGCUCAGCAUGUCUGGAGAUCCCACCGCAAAUAUGCUUUAUGGGCAAUUGUUAAGAGAUGCCGGAACACCUUAUGUUAACAUGCUUAAAGGUUGGGUUACCACCGGGAGAUUGGUGGAUCCUUAUGAAGAACUGUUGGUGAAGGAGAGCAAGUUCAUUAAUAGGGGGAUUUUGGAGCUGGAUUACACUGAUGAGUACUGGGAAAGACGUUACACGCUAAGGGACGGCUCUACCUCCUCGAAUUCUAAAAGGCACCAGGCAGGCAUUCCACCGCGAAGAGCCGUUGGAGGUCGGUUACCAGGUGGUGCAUGUAUACCUCCUCUUCUAGAGUCCUGGAAGCAUAAAAUCUUACUGGCAGGGAAGUACCUGAAUGUCAUAAGAGAGUGCGGAAUCGAUAUCAAUCGAGAAAGGAGUUCUGUGGGCGACGACAAAUCUUCCAUGGACGACGAAAGGUUCUAUUUAUUUCUACAAGAUGCGUACACGCACGCAAAUCAAACACUUCUGCAGCUUCUUCUCAAGGAUCAGCAGUUAAUUCCAAGAUUGCGAUCUUUGAAGCGUUAUUUCUUCCUUUCCCAGUCAUUCUUCCUCACGCACUUCCUGGACCUUUCCUAUGGCGAAUUGCGCAAGUCCGCAAAGUCUGUAUCGAUUAUAAAACUCCAGAGUCUACUGGACCUCACUCUCAACACUGACUCGCACGGGGAAGACAUCACGUUUAGAGACGACCUGAAGGUGACCAUGGCGAGUAGUGGCCUUUACGAAUGGCUGCUCAAGAUAAUAAACGUCAAAGGCAUGGAGAAUGUCGAUGAAACGAAUCCCGUACAUAUACAAGAGGAUCCGAAAAAAGAGAAAGGGAAGGAUGACAAAAAACCGGUUUUAGCUAUCGAUUCUCUGACACUGGACUAUAAUGUGAAGUUCCCACUGUCACUAGUCAUUUCCCGAAAAACAAUCCUUCGUUACCAGUUUCUUUUCCGCUUCCUUCUUCAUCUCAAGCAUGUAGAGCAAUCUCUUGCGACUAUGUGGAUUGAGCAGAAAGCUGGAUCCUGGAGAAAGUUAGUUGAUGUUCACACAGAUUUCAACAAAUGGCGACUGAGGGUGUUUUUGCUCCGCGCGAAGAUGCUGUCGUUUGUGCAGCAAAUACUCUCCUUUGCGACGUCCGAAGUCCUUGAACCGAACUGGAGGACUUUGGAGGCAAAGUUGGACAAAGUCACAACCGUUGAUCAGUUACUGAGGGAUCACGUAGACUUUUUGGACACUUGCUUGAAAGAGUGUAUGUUGACGAGCCGGAAGUUACUUGAGGCAUAUUCAAAGUUGAUCGUGACUUGUUCGACCUUCGCGCUGUACACAUCUUCAUUCAAUAAAUCGGCCAACUCAGCUCUGGCGGUCAUAGGCGCCCCCGACCAAGAUCCUGAUAUGAAGAAGAGAUGGGAUUUCCUCAGCAAAUUCGAGACAAAUUUCGACCACUGGUGGCUACGGAUAUCUCUUUGCGAAGAAACGUCUCACUUACACUUUCUGUAG